AUGGAGGCUCGAAGUCUCAGCUCUUCCCCUGACCCGUUGGGUUACCCCGGCGAUCCUGAAUUCCUUCUCUCAUCCGCCACCAAGCCGUUUUCCCAGCGGAGGAUGAGCAUGACACCCUUCAAGUCCCGAACCCCGAGAACCCCAUGGCUCGCCAAAAGUAAAAAUAAAAGCGCGAAGAGCGCAAGAUCGAUUAAAUAUCCAGAUAUAAUCUUACCGUCUACUCCAUCGGGAGACCGAUUCAGUCGGAGAUCUCUUUCUCCGACCAAAACGACUCUACACUCGGAGAAUAACAUCAGUCCCUGGCGCAUUCGUGUGACAGUCGAAGCCGAAAGAGACGAUGAUGAAGAGGGUAAUGGUAUGACUCAGAAUGGUACUACCGGCUGGAAAAACACGAACACCUUGAAAAUCCCGCUCAAAGAUGAGAACUCGCCAUCAAAGAAAACCCCACAAAAAAAACAGCGAAGAGGAGCGAAGUCCGACUUAUCAAAGCGUACGCCUACGCCGAGGAGGAAAAGGCCCGCUGGACUUCUUGAUGGUGCGUUGGAUACCGUCGAAAAACGGAGAAGAGGGAGACCAAGGAAAACUCUAGAAUUUCUUGGUGAAAACUCACCCACUCGCCAAAGUUCCCCCGCCAAAUCGAUCAUUGACCUUCCUAGUGGAGGUGAUCCGUUUCUGGAUAUCGCGCAGGACAUCGACAACACUAUACAUCAAUCUGAGCAAUAUGGUGCCUCCUUUUAUCAACCCGUCCAUGAGCCGAUCGCUCCUACGACUCAAGAUGCCAUUUCACAAGCGCCUAUUGAUGAUACAGGAGUAACAGCGGACCACGAAAAUCAAUUCGCUGAGCCAGACGCUACUCCGCUUGCGCUAAGAGAUGGUGAUCUAUCUCCCAUCAACACAACCUUUGCCGGACAUACACCAAGGCCCAGGUUUCGUCUUUAUCCGACGCCCACUUCCUCGUCCCAAAUUGGAGAAGAGCUUCCGGAGCCCCAAAAUAUACACGUGGAAGCUAGUGAUACAAAUGUGGUGCAAUUGAAGGGGGCACACACUGCAGGUCCCCCUGUUGAACACAGAGAAUUUGAUACCAUAAUGGAAAGUGAGGGAUUCAGUAUGGUCUCCUUAAAUUCCUUACCGUCCGCGAAGCAAAGGCUUCUCAGCUCGCAGCGGGGAUCGACUAGCUCCGGUGGUAUAACAAAUGUUUUUCGUGGCAUCUUGGGAAAAAGAUUCACAGAAACAGGGAUAUCUUUGGAAAAAGAAAAGGGCAUAUCCUUUGCAACAGACUCCCAUGCUGCAAUUCCUUCUCGCUCCAUUAAAGCAAAUUCAGGUGAUGCUGCGGCAGACAGAGAGGUAUCAGAAGAAUCGUUUACUAAACCUCAGACUGCUGUUGUCGGUACUACUUUAAAUGAACUAGCACCGCUAGCUGUUCCAGUUGCGCAAAAACCGGUUGCUGCUCGAAGGCCACUUGUCAGAUUAAUGCGUAUUAUUAGGGUUGGAAUAUCCUUUCAGAGAAUCCUUAUCCGCAAUCAAAAUGCCCUCAAUUAUAAACUCCCCCUUGACAAUAUCAAUGACGCUCAAAGCGAUGAUCCAGAGGCUACGAGGCAGCGGCUAGACGAAUUGUUUAAACACUUUAAUAUGGAAACUCGGAGAGAGUUAUGUGCGGGUUUCCGCUUUGGAGAGGUAUUAGCGCAAAGGAUUCGAGAGUUACAUCAGGACAAGCAAAUAGACGCAACCCAGGGGGAUGCCGUAUCCGAUUCAGACUACGGGGAUGUCCAAUAUCCCGUACUCGACAUCGGCGCGGACGGUAGCCAAUCUAUAUCAACAGCGUCUCAGGGCCCGGAACAGGACCAGGAAGAUGGCGCUGCAGAUCAAGGCGGAGCUAUAACCACUGAAGAUGGGAAUUUGACUGAAAAGCUUAACGUCGAAAUAGCUAGACGCGAAGUUGAAUGGCAACGCGAAAGGGAAGCUAUCAGUCGCCAAAUUGAAACGGCUAAUGCAAGCCAGGUCAUUGUUAUUGACAGUGAUGACGGCGACGAGUCAGCCGACCAAGCUCCUACGCCCCAGAACAAAGAAAUGCUGAGCGACCAUGCUAACAGCACUGUUGUUGAAGACGAUGAUUAUGAGGACAUUUGGCAGCAAGAGGCCCGGGAAGUCGACCAUGAUUCAGAAUCGGAUCUCUUAUCGUUUGCUGACGCCACCCACGACGAUACAGUUCAUCCUCGUAGGGCUGCUGCUUCUACAAAAGAAACUGUGGAUGAACGCCAACGCGAAGAGUUUCCUGAACUGUUCUUGUCAGGCCCUCACAAGAAGAAUCCAAUGUUAUCUCUUGGAAAAUCUCAGUUAGCGAGAUAUAAAGAUAAAGAUUUUGAAUUCUCCUCCUUAAUUGGGUCACCCUCGAGUUCGACGAGGAAGUUCCUUCAGGGCCGGAAGGGAUCUCAUGCCGAAAGAAGGUCAGAUUCCCGCGUUCCGGCACCGGAGGAUGAAGCAAUGCAACCAUCUCCAGCAUCCGCCGCUCCUGAAACCCAAGUCUUAGGCCCUGCGGAGCAGUACAGCGGCGGGCGCUCACUAUCGAGCGACUCUAUUUCAGAUAUUCCUCCUCCGCCUUCUCUGAAAUACACGGGCAGCGACAUUCUGACAAACGAACAAGAUGAACCUUCGCCAGCUGGGCAUUCCCUUAGACAGUUGGUCCUGCAAAGAGAUCGGGACCUGAUUUCGCCCGACCUGGGGUAUCAGGGGGAAAAGAUUGUUGGCCAGAAUGCAGAGAUUCGUGGGAGUUCAGACAUAGAAGCAGUCGAUAUGGUACCGCCCGAAGCCAGAGAUUCUGCCGGCCCUCCAACGUGGUUCAAUCGGAUUACGAGCCUUGCGCCAAAAUGGCUCGCUCCGUCGCGCGCUGCGAAUGCAAGACCUCGAAAUGGGUCGCCUGCUGCUAAAAUUGAACCAUCGAUUUCUAGUCGACAUGUCGUUCAGGAGCAACCAGCCGCCAGUAUGCCAACUAUCGUGCGACCAGAACCUCCAGUGACAAGCCCAAAAACCAAGCCAUUGGCCCUUUCAGGCUACUUUACCAACGACCAUUAUGCGGCGUUGCGGCGCGUUUACCGCAAGGCAAAAGAGUCUCCGCAAUCGUUUCCCUAUCACCCGACAGCUGAGCGCGAUGCAAUGUUAGGCAAAUGGAUGUGGUCAACGGAUGGACAUCAUCAUCGCCAAGUUACUGAAACUCAGUUGGCCAUCGUUGAAAAGUUUAGGAGUGACUUGGUUGCGGCAAGCAGGCGGCGCGGUGGCUCCGAUGAACUGGGUUGGAGCGAAGAGGAUAUCUUGUGGAGGCUAUUCAGUAUAAUCGUUGGCGAAAAGCUGAGGAGAGAACGGAAACGGCAACAGUCAUGGAGAAUAACGCCCGCGGAUUAG